GCCGUGGACAGAUUUUGUUGAGGACGGAGAUGCGUUGUAGAGAAGGCAACAGAUCCCGUCAUGAAUUGAAAGAUACAUGGAGAUGCCUGUUGUCACACAGUGCCGAGCAGCCUUACAUCGGCGCCGAGGGUCUUGAGCGGCUGCACAGCUAUCGAUAUGAGGGCGAUGAUCCCUCGCCCCUGUACAAACACGCCCUAUCGCCCCUCGCUGACCUGCUCGUCCUGCACUGCUGCCCAUCAUGGGCUGCCCCGAACCUGGUGGGUGGAUCAAGCUUCCACAGAUGACAGUGAUUGCAGUGAGUGCAUAGGGUGAGUGUACUUUCGUGUUCAGAUAUCCUUCAUUGGCUUCUUGCUGGUGGUGUCUUCCCAUCUGUUGGCCCUCUACUACUCGCCCACCCUGAGCGAGCCCAUGCCAUACUGGUAGGCACUCAUGGCCACCCAUCCAUCCAUCGAUCCAGCCACACGUCUGUCUGUCUGUCUGUUCCUCUGGUCGUGUGUGUCGUUACGCAUGUGUGCAGGGUGCAUUUGUAUGCGGGAGUGAUGAUGUUCGUCAAUCAGACGUUUGACAACAUGGACGGCAAGCAGGCGCGGCGAACCAACAGCUCCUCAGCACUGGGACUCGCAUUCGACCACGGUCAGCCACACACUCCACCACCACCACGAGCAUAUCACAGGAGGAUGCCUUGAUGUAUGCAGCCAUGUGACGUGUGUUGGUCAGGUUGCGAUGCGGUUCAUUCAGCCAUCGGCGGCAUGACAGCGAUGGCGUCGCUGCAGUUGGGGCCGCCCCUGCAGCCCCUCCUGGCGGCGUGCUGCUGGCUGGGCGGCGCUGCACCAUUCCUGUUCGCAUCAUGGGAACACUACCACACAGGUAAGUACUGACUGGUGAGGCAACCAUGAGCACUCGUGAGCGAACACUGGGGUGCCGUUGGUUUGCAGGGUGUCUGUAUCUGCCUGUGGUGAAUGGCCCCACUGAGGGCAUGUUGCUGCUGUCGAUAGUACACCUCAUUGCGGGGGCGGUGCCCGACUCAGAGGAGUUCUGGACAACAGAAGUAAGUGAGUCAAUCAGGCCAGGCGGGAGGGAAUGAAUAGCUGGCGAUCACAUGGAAACAAAGAGGAAGGAUACGUUUGCCCGUACGUAUACGUGUACAUGUGUGUGUGUGUGUGUGUGUGUGCCUCAGGUACCAUUGCUGCCAGGUGUGGAUUAUCGUGAGUUUGGCUUCUUCUGGCACACCGUGGGGGUCGUGCUCACAUGCGGCAGAAGGUCAGCCAGCCAGCAUCGAAAGAGAACCCGUCUAGUCUACCGACAGAAGGAGACCUCCUUUCCUUCCUCUUUCGUUCCCUCAGCAUAUGGCGGGUCGCCACCCACAUCCACGGCCGCAAGGCCAAGAGGAAACCGGUGCUCAACGGCACCCUACAUGCCCCCCGCACGCGUCUGGAGCAGCAUGACCAGAACGGCCAUCCGGACGGCAUGAUGCUUCGCAAGAGGACGGCGGUGUCUGCAGCUUCAGCGGAGUACAAUGGCGUCACGGGUGCCAGGCGGCAAUGGGGACCACCUGAGUGCUCACUCACGGACGCACUGCUGGUAAGCCACUGAAAGAGAGGCCGAACACAGCUGUGCAAAUCGGACAUACGGACGUACGUGCGCGUGUGAGUGCAGCAUUUGGUGCCGUGGUUGUGUGUGCACGUGUUUGCGGUGUGGUGGAUAGGGAGUGGUAGGCCGCCCGGCCACCCCUCACUCUGGCACACGUGCCCCCGGAUGUGCUUCUACUUCAUGUCACUCAUGCACUGCAAACUCGUGGUCAGUCGGGCACACAACACAACACAAGAGGGUAUGUAUGCCCCUCCGUGUGUGUCUUUGUUGCGGUGCGGUUUCUCAGAUGCACCUGCAGCUGUGUCACGUCACUGGGGAGCUAAUGCGGCCAUGGUACGUGGAGGAACGACCCAUUCACUUAUUCAGCCGCAGGGAAGAGUGUGUCUGUGUGGUCCUGACUUCAUUCGUCCAGGAGGUGGACAUGCUGUCUGUCCCUUGGCGUGCUGGUCCUGGCACGAUUGUCAUGUCUGGCGGCGCCACACAUGUGUACCUAUGAGGUGCCUCUACUCAAGGCCGUCUGCGUCGCAGCUCUGUUUUCCCUAACACAUUUGGUAAGCCAAGGACACACGAUACCUGAGUGUUGGGCCGGCCAGGAUACCGACGAUGGUGUGUAUGUGUGUGUGAUCAAUGCAGGUGUUGACGGUGGUACCCGCCAUCGCGGCGGAACUCAACAUUUACGUCUUCUCUCUACAAAACAGGGUUGGGGUAAACAGGGUUGGGGUGUAG